GGGGAAAAUAAUUAGCAAUCUUAAAUAAAAUUUUGCAUUUUUUAAAAAAGCUCUAAAGAGACAAAUAUAAUUAACAAAUUCGAAGACAACGAUAAGUCGAUAACCGAGAGAACAGUAUUAUAAUUAUAAAUAGAGGUAAGAGGAGACACAAUACAAAAUUCAGACCCACUCGUCUCUCAUCACUCACACUCAAUGGAGCCAUCACCGUCGUCCCCACCAUCAUCACCGCCGGAGAUUCUCGACCUUGACUCUAUCAAAGCUCUCAAAAUCCUCGGUAAAGGCGCCACAGGUACCGUCUUCCUCGCGCACGACGUCGUUUCAACCUCUUCUUCUUCUUCUCCCUUCGCGGUCAAGCUCGUCCCCAAAUCCUCUGCUUCCUCUCUCCGCCGUGCACGGUGGGAAAUCGAGGUCCUCCGUCGUCUCUCCGUUGACUCUAAUCAAAACCCUUUUCUUCCACGUCUCUUAGCUUCUUUUGAGUCACCGGAAUACUUUGCUUGGGCCGUCCCUUAUUGUUCCGGCGGUGAUCUUAAUGUACUUCUUCAUCGUCAAAACGACGGCGUUUUCAGUUCCUCUGUUAUUAGAUUCUACGUGGCGGAGAUCGUCUGUGCGCUUGAGCAUCUUCAUACCAUGGGGAUCGCUUACAGAGACUUAAAACCAGAGAACAUUCUGAUUCAGCAAUCCGGUCACGUUACCUUAACCGAUUUUGACCUUUCUCGGAGCCUUAAAAAACCCCUCCGACCCCAUUUCUAUCAACCCGACCCGGAAUUGAUAAUCGAUCGUAAAAAAAGUCGGAGCUUUUCUCGGUUGAUCUCGCCGACGGCGGAGAAAAACAAAACAGGGUUGAAGAAAACAAGAUCCGCUCGGGUUAACCCAAUUAAUCGCCGGAAAACGAGUUUCUCCUCCGGUGAACGUUCUAACUCAUUUGUUGGAACGGACGAGUACGUCUCGCCGGAGGUAAUUCGCGGCGACGGUCACGACUUCGCCGUCGAUUGGUGGGCUCUUGGCGUUUUGACAUACGAGAUGAUGUAUGGAGAGACGCCGUUCAAGGGUAAGAGCAAGAAGGAGACUUUUCGUAACGUGUUGAUGAAGGAACCCGAGUUCGCCGGAAAACCCAACGACCUCACUGAUUUGAUCCGGCGGUUACUGGUGAAGGAUCCGAAUAGAAGGUUAGGUUGCCACCGUGGCGCGGCGGAGAUAAAAGAGCUCGCUUUUUUCGCGGGUGUGAGGUGGGAUUUGUUAACGGAGGUGUUACGACCUCCGUUUAUUCCGUUAAGAGAUGACGGAGAGUUAACGGUAGGUGGGUUUGAUAUAAGGGAACAUUUUGAGAAACUGAGGACGACGCCAUCAUCAGCUCCUCCGUCACCGUUACGUUCUCCGCCGCACGUGUGUCGUAAAAACGAUCCGUUUAUUGAAUUCUAAUCCACGUGUGGGGAAUCUAACACGUACAAAGUUGUAGAGAAAAUGUAUAUCCAUAACCCCCUAACGUGUGAGAAUUAUGAAAAUUAUAAUCUUUUGGUGUUGAAGACUUCGCUUGCACAAUCCGAAGAAAAUAUUUGUAAAAUAUAGCGAAAUUUAGAUAAAACUAUGAUUUUUUUAAAAGGUAUAAUUAUAAGGAGUCAUUAGUUUAUUUUGAUUUAGAAUGUAAAGGAAAAAGAUGGAGUUAGUGGGUAUUGGAUUUGGAUACGAAUUAUCAAGAAGUUGGGUUGAAAAUGUGGUAGAAAUAAAAAUAAUAAUAAAGAAUAAGAUGGGAAUGUGUUAAUCA